UAAAAUGAUUCUGGGUCCUCACAAACGGGACUCUUCCCAGCUACGGAGCUCCCCUUUAUUUGUCCGAUUAAGAUUUGUUUCAACUUUCAAUCCACUGUCCGUUACUUCUCAGCUACCUUUCCUUCUCACAGAUUAAAUACGUUUGAAAUUUCAAUCCUAUCCACUCUCCAUUCCAAACUUUUCAAUCUUAUCAAUUAACGUCCCUUUAUUUGGCGGAUCAGCUCUUUAUGAUAUCUCGGUAUUUUCCAAUUUAAUCCCACAAUUCUAAAACUUGGUCUGAAAAUUUCUUCAAUCGUAGUUGCUGAACAACAUGGCCUCUGUGACCAUACCGCCGGUGCUUACAACCCCCAGAGACGACGCAAUCAGCCUCCACCGCGCCUUCAAAGGGUUGGGCUGCGACACAUCCGCCGUCAUCAACAUCCUCGCCCACCGCAACGCCACCCAGCGAGCCUACAUCCAACAGGAGUACAAAACCAUGUACCACGAGGACCUCACCAAGCGCCUCUCCUCCGAGCUCAGCGGCAACACCAAGAAGGCCGUACUCCUCUGGAUGCACGACCCCCCAACCCGCGACGCCACCAUCAUCCGCCAGGCUCUGGCCGCAGAAGGCAUCGUGGACCUCAGAGCCGCCACCGAAGUCAUCUGCUCAAGAACCCCAUCUCAGAUCCUCCACUUCAAGAAUCUCUACUUCUCCACAUUUGGGGUUUACCUCGAACAGGACAUCGAGUUCCACGCCACCGGAGACCAUAAAAAGCUCCUGCUUGCUUACGUGGCAACGCCGCGGUACGAGGGUUUGGAGGUGGACAGGGCGGCGGCGGAGCAUGACGCUAAGGCUCUCUUCCGGGCCGGGGAAAAGAAACUGGGAACUGAUGAGAAGGUGUUUGUGCAGAUAUUCAGCGGGCGGAGCAGCGCCCACUUGGCUGCCGUGAGCGCCGCCUACCACAACAUGUACGGUAGCUCGUUGAAGAAGGCUGUGAAGAAGGAGACUUCUGGGAACUUUGAGCACGCACUUUUGACCAUUCUGCAGUGCGCCGAGCAUCCCGGGAGGUACUUUGCGAAGGUUUUGCACGGGGCGAUGAAGGGUUUGGGGACCGAUGACAGUACUCUGCUGAGGGUGAUCGUUUCGAGGGCGGAAAUCGAUAUGCAGUUUAUAAAGGCGGAGUAUAUGAAGAAGUACGGGAAGACGUUGAACGAUGCUGUGCAUUCGGAGACUUCUGGGAAUUACAGGGCGUUUCUGCUGGCGCUUUUAGGCCCCAAUCAUUAGGUAAUAUAAAAAGAUUUGGGGAACAUGGUAAGGUUUGAUGAACUCUGUGGUUGUUAAUUACUUACGUUUUAGGUAUUUUCAGAAGCUAUAAUUUGGGAAAGUUAUGUGUUGAGCAUGAUCUAGAACUUUGGCAUAAGCACUUAUGCAGCAAGUGAUUUCUUUGUUUGAAAUGCUUAGUACUGCUUCUUGGCUGA